UCGGUAUGAAUAGUCAGAAUCGCACUAAUUGUGAAGCGGCAAACGUCUCACACGGCAUAAGAAAUCAAAUAGAAAGCAAAAGAAAUAUAUUUCCGUUGUCAGGGGAAAUUCAGAGGCAACAAAUCCUAUUUAGAGAAAAAUUAAAUAUAUAUAAAAUAUGGCUACUGCACACUUACCCAUACAAAAGUACAAAUACCAUGAGCACAAUGGCGAGCCCGGCUGCCAGGGUCUGGAGGAAGUGAAUCGCAUGUUCCGUAACUUCUGGGAUCCCACGGCUUACUGGAUGUGCGAUAAGCAGGGCACGCGCGCCCGCCUGCAACGCUGCCCGAAAUCGCAACUGUACUCCGAGGAGCUCGGACGUUGUGUGCACUAUACAGACUGGAGCUGGACGGAACCCAAGGAACCUCCAAGUCGUCCAAAGUGCUAGACACCGUUCAGAGCUAAUCAGCCCGCACACACUCUCACUAUUUAUACUUAAUUUAAUAAUAUACAUAUACAUAUUUAAUAUUUAA